CAGCAUCGCCGUGGGAACGAGAAAGAAACAGAGAGAGAGAGAGAGAGAGAGAGAGAGAGAGAGAUCAGUUUCUAGCGCAGUCAGCACUAAAGUCUCUCAGUGUCUUGUUUCGCUUGCGGGACGAUGGUUUGCGCGUGAGCCAUGCGUUUCUGAGCUCCAGCGCAAGAAUGCAGAGCAAUCCAGAGAAGAGGACAGACACCGCGUCCCGGGACGAAGCGCAGGCGGACGCUGAGCGCGAGACGCUGAUGAUGGAGCUCACGCGCCUGGUGCAGAAGAGUGUGAGAGAGAGCAGCUGGUGGGAGAGGAGAGGAAUAGACUGCAGCAUCCUCACCGCAGCCUUCAUCAGUUUACCAGCAGGGUUCCUGUUGUUGGGUUCGUCUCAGACGCUGUACUUCCUGUCAGGUGUUCUGAUGAUGGGCGUGGCUCACGCUGUCAUCACUGUUAAAGGCACACACCUGGCCAGUCACGGCGCGCUCAGCGAGUCUCCGGCUUGGACACACUUCUGGGCCGUCUUCUUCAUCGAAGUGUGCGGCUCGUUCUCAGCGCGGGCCGGCGUUCAGGCUCACGUCAAGAUGCAUCACGCUCACACUAAUGUGAUCCCUUUGGGAGACUCCAGCACCUGGAAAAUCCCCUUCCUGCCUCGAUCCGUCUAUCUGUUCAUCGCGCCGCUGGCCGUCCCCAUCAUCACGCCCAUCGUCGCCAUCAAUCAGAUGAAGGGUCAGACUCCGCUCCUGAUCCUGCGCACCGUCCUGUGUGUGUGUCUGGGCUUUAUAUCUCAGUAUUAUCUGCUCAGGUGUGUGUCGGGUCUGUCGUGCAGCUCCGCUCUGCUGGUCAUGCUUCUGUGCAGAGCCAUGUUCUCCCUGCCGUACAUACACGUCAACAUAUUUCAGCACAUCGGCCUGCCAAUGUUUUCUGCCACUAACCGGCCCAAACGCAUCUACCAGAUGACACACGGAGUCCUGAACCUUCCCCGAAACCCGCUGCUGGACUGGACCUUCGGCCAUUCCCUCAUCAGCUGCCACGUGGAGCAUCACCUCUUCCCUUUCCUGUCUGACAACAUGUGCCUGAAGGUGAAGCCGCUCGUGUCUCAGUAUCUGAAGGAGAAGAAGCUGCCGUAUCAAGAGGACGCUUACAUCUCUCGUCUGAGUCUGUUCUUCCACAGAUAUCAGGAGCUGAUGGUGUUCACACCACACAUCACUGAACUGGUGGGAAUCCAGUGAUGACGGGAUGAAGAGAGAAGACGGACACGGACAUGACCCACGUCCAGAUUUUAUACACUUUCAACUGGUGCAUAAAGGCAUUAGAAUUAAAGUCCACGUGAAACUUGACUCACAACCUGCUUUACUUGCAGAAUAUGAUAUAUUUAUGAAAGAAACAGGUUAUUUGACAAGAAAAAACACGCUAGAUGAGACUCAAAUAAUUGCAUGAGCUGGAAAAGAAAGUGCUUUUAGAGAUUGAUGGAUUAUGGAGAUAAAUAUUUGUUCGUUUAGAAUAAUUUGCACAGAUGAAUCGUGAAUAGACCAGGAUAAUGCAAUAAGAAAGUACAAAGGAUGGUGUUGACUUUGUAAAAAGCAACGCUGUGCAAAGAGAGCCUCUUUUCAUUAACGACUGUGCUUCCUGUUCGCUUCGCUAAAUGACAUUAUUGAAUGAAAGGAUUGUUGUUGUAUGUGCGGAUGUCAGAUCAGUGGUAAUAAAGCACUGCUGUUUUUAUCACACAUGACCUCUGACCCCAGAUCAGCUCUCAGGCUUAAUAUGCAUCUGUAUGAACACUAAAAAGAUGCAGAAAACUUCACCCGAUCUGUGCAGGACACACUUCAGCUUUGGUUCAAGGUUUAGUGAGCUGCCUUUGCUGUCUCUUAAAGGGAAAGUACACCUAAAAAUUACAAUUCUGUCAUUUACUCACCCUCAAGUUGAUCCAAACCUGUAUGAAUGUCUUUCAGCUGUUGAACACAAAAUAAACAAUUUUAAAGAAUGUUGUUAACCAAACAACUGACGGUAGCCAUUGACUUCCAUUGCAUUUUUUUUAUUUUUUUUUAUGUAAGUCAAUGGCUACCGUCAACUGUUUGGUUACCAACAUUCUUUAAAAUAGUUUAUUUUGUGUUCAGCAGAAAAAAAUAAACUCAUUCAGGUCUAGAACACGACAACAUUUUUGGGUUACUAUCCCUUUAAGAAACUAUUUUGAUAAACUGCAAAUCUGUGUGAAACACACUGGAGACUGCUGAUUUCAAUACAGUUUGCAAUGCAUCAUGGGAUUGUUUUCUCAGCCAUGGUUAGGUGUGAUGCUGCUUUUAAAAUGUUGGCUAAACGAAAGUGUCUUGAUGGUAGUGAUUUCAUCAAAUGCUGUCUAGAUAGGCUGCUCGCUAGAAUUUGAAACAGUUUUUGUGUAGAUUAAAGCAAAUGUAGGAGACAGAAAUUAAGACUUUCUUUUUUUUAUUAUAGUUGUAGAUAACAUUUUCUAACAACAAUACCACUGUAUAAUCUCUAGCACACAGUAGAUAUGAGUACUUUUAACUGAAAUGAAUAUGUGGGAAAUGCAGUUUAAUGACCUAAACACAUAAUAAUCAUAUUCACAGUUGUAUGCACUGAUAAAUGGGGUGCGUUUUGUUUAUAAUUCAGUGAUUUUAAUCAAAAUCCUUCACCUUUGACUUUCUUCCACUGAAUGCUCGUGAAUGUAAGUGUGUGAUACUGAGAUGUGUGUGUGAGUGAAUGUUGCUCUCCUCUUUAAUUUGAAAAUAAAGUUUAUACAUUUAUAUAAUAAACUGAAAUAGAUAUUCAA